GUGCACCACACAAGCUGGAGUAAGCAAAGUCGCAUACGUCUGGUUGACCUGCUUUAUACCCGAAACCCACAGGUUUCAUUCAGAUGUGAUGCGUUCCAAUGGAUACGUGGCAGUGUAAAGUCUGAGAAACAAAUUGCUGCAGUUUACAAUUCUGAAUCCUAGAUUCCUACUGUAGUGGAUAAUUCAUGGCUACAUUUUUAUAUGGAUCAUGUGACCACAUUGACUUUGACUUUGACUCUGACCUCCGUGAUAAUAGUCUAUAAAUUCCAUCCAGAUCCAGCCCUUCAACUGCAAUUCGCACUUUAUAGACCGACGGUUGAUAGCAGAGCACAAGAAUGGCGGGGCUGUAUGAGAAGCCGUCGGAGACGUACGCCGAGAAGCGGCCGCGGUACCCCGAGGAGUGGUUCUCCAAGCUCGCCUCCCUCACCGCCGGCCACCGCCGCGCCUGGGACGCCGGCUGCGGCAGCGGCCAGGCCUCCGUCAGCAUCGCGGAGCACUACGACGGCGUGGUGGCGACGGACGUGAGCGAGGGCCAGCUCCGCCACGCCAUCGCGCACCCCAAGGUGCGGUACCUGCACACGCCGGAGGGCCUCCCGGAGGACGAGCUCGUCGCGCUGGUCGGCGGCGAGGGCUCCCUGGACCUGGUCGUCGUGGCGACCGCGAUCCACUGGUUCGACGUCCCGCUCUUCUACGCCGUGGUGAACCGCGCCCUCAAGAAGCCCGGCGGCGUGCUCGCCGUGUGGGGGUACAACUACGACAUCCACCCGUUCGGGGAGAAGCUGCAGGGGACGCUGUACCCGGCCAUGCGGCCGUACAUGGACCCGAGGACGAGGCUGGCCAUGGAGCGGUACCACGAGCUGCCGUUCCCCUUCGAGCCCGUCGGGGUGGGCCGCGAGGGCGAGCCGGCCGAUGUCGACAUGGAGGCGGAGAUGACGCUGGAGGACCUGGCCGGGUUCGUGAUGACCGGCUCCGUCGCGACGACGGCCAGGGAGAGAGGGGUGGACCUGGAGGCGCUGGUGAAGGAUGUGAUGAAGGAGAUGGAAGAGGGGUGGGGGGAUCUGCCGACGGUGCCCAGGAAGCUUGUGUUCAAGGCCUUCAUGCUGGCUGGGAGGCCCAUGUGACGUGAUGAUGAGCUGCUGGGUGUGGUGAAUUGUGAUCAGUGACCUUUGUUUUCUCUUGGUCAGAAUAACAUGUACGUUCCUAAAUAUAAGUCUUUUAAGCGAUUUCA